AUGUGUCCAAAUGUGAGAAUGGAGUACAUACUGAACCGAAACUCUGGAUCUAAAAAUAGGGGAGUAGAUUCGAUCGAGUUUGUUGGCAUUGCUUGGGGGAGUAUCUCUGGCGGAGGAGACCAUCACCCCGACGCACCAUUUACUAGACGAGGCGCACUAAAGAAGGCGAAAAGAAAUACAGCGUAUAGCAAAUCCAACUAUGUCUUCGACAAACAUUUCACGGUUUGCAGUCGACUCUCAAGGGCAGGGCAUCCUAUCCGCGUCGCAAUUCUACACGCCAAGCGUUCUCGGACCUGCAUUUUUGGCCUUAAGGCGGGACUGAGCCGCGUCAUUCAUUUUCUCCUCAUGCGGCACAAAUUUCAAGCUUCACCAAUAUUAUCAGUCAAUAACUCGUCACGAGCACUAGAACUCGCCUCCUGUCGGUUUCAAGGUGUAAACUCCAUCUCUGCAUCUAACGUCAGCUACACCACAACAUCACAUUCUGCUUUAUUUGACACGCGAAUUCAACUCCGCUGUUUCCGGGACAUUCAAUCUAGUACUCCAAAGUGUUUCGACAGGCGGGCCGAUCCGAGACCCGGCGACCAUACCAGGCAGGGAAGCAUUUCAGGUGCGCUUCUUUUCUCAAUGGCUAGGGCUCUAGACGACAUUGGCCCAAUUUCCUCUUUACCUCUCACUCUACCAGCACUCCUAACCAGCAAUCAACUUCCGAUUUCGAUUUUCGAUUUCACCAACAUGAUUUCUUUUAUUUCAACAGUUAGCGUCCUAGCGCUCUCCUUUGCGUUAACCGAUGCUCGCGCCCUUGCCGUACAUCCUCUGCAAACUAGACAAGGAGGUCUGACCUGUGCUAAUGGGGAAAGAAUGGCCGCCAACAGAUUUCAUCAGGCUGCCCGGGAGUUUUGCCGCAUUACUGUUGGACACACCAUUCCAGACUCUAUUGUUGUCAACGGCGGUAUUUUCGUCGUUGGAGGGAAGGGAAUCUUAAAAGAAGACAAAUCAGCAGUAUCCAGUAAGUCAAAUCUGCCCCUAGAUUGCUUGCGGAAACUUUUUGACAUUUUGGUGAACUAG